UCUUGUCACCUCCUCUGUCUAUACCUGUGCUCUCCUUGUGUUUGUUGUCAGUUUUUUGUGUUUGAUGCCUACCUGUGAUGCUGGUUGUCUGUGUUCCUUAUCUUUUGGAUUAUUCUUUUGGAUUCGAGGUGGAGCUGGACUCGAGCUGCCUGGAUUCCCAGCAGCCCUGUGUUUGCCUUCUUCAGUUAUUUUCAGAGUCACUGGUAUCACUGGAAAGGUAUUGGUGGGAUCUGCUGCGCACGACUCGCUGACGUUGCCUGAGAAGGCAGGAGCAGCCUUCAAAUACAUGAGCUCCAUCCAACCUUUAUUGGAGAGGAAAUCCAUCCUCAGCCCGCGCUCAUGUGGAGCACAUUCAUCUCUUAUACCAACACGUAACUUUUCCUCAGUGGUGAGGAAGAAGAUGGAGCUACAGGUGGAGAACCAAAGUCAGUUUUUCAACACCAACACCGUGGUGCUGCCAGCUAAGCAUAUACUUGGGAUGGGUGUAGAUAAUUUUAUUUCUCUUCUGAUAUUUGGACUAAUUUUCAUCCUCGGUGUGCUCGGGAACACCAUGGUGAUCACGGUGCUGGCGCGCAGUAAGUCGGGACAGCCGAGGAGCACAACCAACAUCUUCAUCCUCAACCUGAGCGUGGCGGACCUGUCCUACCUCCUCUUCUGCGUUCCCUUCCAGUCCACCAUCUACAUGCUGCCCACAUGGGUGCUGGGAGCUUUUAUCUGCAAGUUCAUCCACUAUUUCUUCACUGUGUCCAUGCUGGUCAGUAUCUUCACUCUGUCGGCGAUGUCCGUGGACCGCUACGUGGCCAUCGUCCACGCCAGGAAAUCCUCGUCGAUCCGGGUGGGAAGGCACGCCAUGCUCGGAGUGGUGCUGAUCUGGAUCCUGUCUCUGGUCAUGGCAGCUCCCGUAGCGCACUACCAAAGCAUCGUGGAGAGGGAGGACAACAACACCUUCUGCUGGGAGGUUUGGCCGGACCACCACAGGAAAGUCUACGUGAUGUGCACCUUUGUGUUCGGAUACCUCCUGCCUCUCACUUUGAUAUCUGUCUGCUAUGCGAAGGUUUUGAAUCAUCUACACAAAAAGCUGAGGAAUGUUUCAAAAAAAUCAGAGCUCUCCAAGAAGAAGACUGCUCAGACAGUCCUGGUGGUGGUCGUGGUCUUCUGCCUGUCUUGGCUGCCUCACCACAUCGUCCACCUGUGGGUGGAGUUUGGCUCGUUCCCCCUGAACCAGGCCUCCUUCUUGUUCCGGAUGGUGGCUCACUGCUUGGCCUACAGCAACUCCUCCGUCAACCCCAUCAUCUACGCUUUCCUAUCGGAGAACUUCAGGAAUUCCUACAAGCAGGUUUUCUGGUGCCGGAUGCCCAGCAAGUGUCCUGUGAACGACACCAGGGACCUCCGCAGCAGGGUGGAGAUGGCACCGUCCAUCAACAUCAGUGUGACUUGCAAAGGCCACGACUCUCAGAUCAGUAAAAUGCUUUGAUUUCUGAAUGGAGUCUGACAGAUAUUGGAUUUUGAAGGCCGUCACAUGUAAGGAUAUUUAAGGUUUAAAAAGUACUGGUACUGUCAUGAGCUCAGCCUGAAGUAAUCACUGCUAACCUCAGUAACAUUUUAUGAAUAUCAUUCUCCUGAUGUAGUGGACGAGGCAAAGAAAAACUCUGCAGCCAUGUGAAGUAGAAUGUGUGCUGUAAUUUAACAAGAGAGAUGGUGGAUAAGAGUUUAGAUUUUCAUGACCAAAUUCCCCUGUCCAUAACAAGUCUUAGGAACGAAGAAGGAUGUCAGCAAACGUAACUAAAAAUGCUACGUCACUACGUCAUCAAACAUUGUCUUUUGUUUUUAUUGUUCUGACUGAAGAACCCUUAGUGGGAGUAAUUACAUACCGUACCUUUAGAGUUAUGUAGAUAAGUACGAAUAAGAGAGAGUCAAGGGACAAGUCGGGGGUGGACACAGGACUCCCACUCAGGAGACUGAGGUUUAUUAUAGCUGUAGCUAGUUAGCUAACC